CCGUCUCGCCCGCUCCCGCUUUGUUUCCUCCGCCUCGCCUGCCAGCUCCCCCUCCUCCCCUUCCCCCUGAGAACGCGCAUGGCGGGAUCUGAAGGAUGCGGUCACUGAGGCCCGGAGGAGCGGCGUGAGCGGGCGCGCGGCGUCGGGGGCGAGGUGCGCGGCCACCCACCGCUCUGCUGUAUUGGACUCCUCCCCUCCGCCCCCGAGCGCCCAGUCCGGUGCUCCGCGCACGGUUUGGGGGUCCCGGCGGCUGAGCGUGGCGCCCCCCGCAGCCCGGGGCGGGACCGGCGUCUUCCCCCCGGGCCCCCCCCCGCCUGAAUGAAGACCCCCUUUGAGAAGACCCCGGCUCAGCGCACGAGGGGCGACCCAGGGCACACGGGCGUGACCGCCAGCAUGAUGAAGAAGAGGGCGUCCCACAAGAAGUCGCGGAGCGGCGUGGGGUCGGCGAGCAAGGGCCCGUCGCAGCCCCAGCGGAGCAUGGUGGGGUCUCGGAUCCAGCACGGCUGGCGCGAGGCGGGCGGCCCCCUCACCCAGUGGAAGGGCACCGUCCUGGACCAGGUGCCCGUCAACCCCGCCCUCUACCUCAUCAAGUACGACGGCUUCGACUGCGUCUACGGCCUCGAGCUGCACAAGGACGAGCGCGUCUCCGCCCUCGAGGUCCUGCCCGACCGCGUCGCGUCGUCGCGGAUCAGCGACGCCCACCUGGCGGACGCGAUGAUCGGCAAGGCGGUGGAGCACAUGUUCGAGACGGAGGACGGCUCCAAGGACGAGUGGCGGGGGAUGGUGCUGGCCCGCGCCCCCGUCAUGACCACCUGGUUCUACAUCACCUACGAGAAGGACCCCGUCCUCUACAUGUACCAGCUGCUCGACGACUACAAGGAGGGGGACCUGCGCAUCAUGCCCGACUCCAACGACUGCCCGUCGGCGGAGCGGGAGCCGGGCGAGGUGGUGGACAGCCUGGUGGGCAAGCAGGUGGAGUACGCCAAGGAGGACGGCUCGAAACGGACUGGGAUGGUCAUCCACCAGGUGCAGGCCAAGCCCUCCGUCUACUUCAUCAAGUUCGACGACGACUUCCACAUCUACGUCUACGACCUGGUCAAGACGUCCUAGGCCGCCCCCGGCCCCGGGACCCGCGUUUGGGGGCGGGGAGGGGGGCGGCGGCGCCACCCCCGGGACGGACCUUUU